AUGGAUAUUGAUGAGGUAGAUGAAACUCUUCCUCCGAUAGAUGAUCAAGAUCAACCACCUCUCACUCAGACUGAAAACCCUACUCCUCCUACUGAAAAUGGUAGAAAAACUAGGGCUAGAAAGAGGGUUAGACCUCCCACCCCUAGUGCUAGUGGUACUGGGAAAACAAAGGGAAAAGGGUUAUCUGUUUGGGAUCAUUUUACUAAGGAAGAUCGUUCUCCACCCUCGACAGAUCCUAAUGAAGAGUCUCCUCCCCCCAAGUGUAUAUACAAUGCUUCUUCUAAUGAUGUUUCCAUUAGAUACUUGAGGCAACAAUUCAAGGAGAAAGAGAAUGGCCUAAUUUUGGAUGGAAAGUUUUUACAUAUGGGGUGUUGCGCUCAUAUAGUGAACCUAAUUGUCACUGAAGGGUUGAAGGAAAAACAUGGGUCAAUUGCAGCAAUUAGAAAUGUUGUGAGGUUUUUGGAGACUUUUUACGAAAUAACAUUAAAGUUUAGCGGGUCUACUUAUGUUACUGCUAAUAAGUACUUCAUUGAGAUCUGCAAUAUGCAACAGGAGCUGUAUGACUUAGCAGUUGACGAUGAUGAGCAUGAGUUAUUGAGGACAAUGGCAAUGAGCAUGAAACUAAAGUAUGAAAAGUAUUGGGGAAAGCUUGAUAAUUGCAAUGAGGCACUUCUAAUUACCUUGGUCCUUGACCCAAGAUACAAGCUUGACUAUCUCAGUCAUUGCUUUAGUGCUACUUAUGAUGAGAUGACGUGCAAAGAGAUGGUGAAAAGGGUAGAGAAGACAAUACAUGCAAUGUUUGAUCAAUAUAAUGAGACAACAUCAGGUCUUCAUCCAUCGGCAUCUAUGACUCAGCUACAUUCAACCUCUAUUGUUAGUGCUUCAUCCACAUUCGUCAUGCUUGUUAGUGGUCGACCUAGUGCCAACAAGAAGUCACGAAAUUUGCAUGAUGAGUUUGUAGCAUGGAGAUUGGAGAAUUUCAUGAUCAAGGGUGUAGUACUAUUUGUAGUAGCGGUCCUUAUAUAUCGUAUUAACAAUCGAAAGAUGGUCGAAAGAAAAAAUCUCUAUUUGACAGGGCUUCUUCCUAUACCUAUGAAUUUCAUUGGACCCAGAAAUGAUAAGAAUGAUGGAAUGACAAUAAAUGAGGUCGAUAAAUAUUUGGAAGAGGAGCCUGAGCGACCAAGUGAGAAUUUUAAUGUUUUUGGAUGGUGGGCUAGUGGUGGGUGCAAGUACAAGAUCUUAUCACUCAUGGCUCGUGAUUUGUUAGCUAUACCGGUUACCACCGUUGCUUCUGAGGCGACAUUUUCUAUAGGAGAGAUGACCAAUGAUCCUACAAGUGUUGCUGGGCCAGCUUCAUCCUCUGUCAAUUUUCAGUCUUCAGCCUCAUCUGCACAACAAUCUACGAAUUGA